AUGGCACGACCAAAGACCAAGAAAGCUCAGAAGACUAUCAACGACUCAGCUCCCCUGCCCACAGCUCCAACUGAGUCUGAACUUCCAAGGUUCCCUCUCAACCGUAUGCCGGUGGAACUAGUUCACAUGAUCUUUAGCUACCUCACACCGACUCAAGUAGCUAGUAUACGAUUUAUGAGCAAGAUGCUAGCUGCAAUCGGCCUCGAGUACAUCGCUACAACGGUCACACUCACACUCAAAGAGGACAGCUUCGACCGACUACUGGAGAUAGCUUACCAUCCUGUCAUCAACAAGUUUGUGCACAGCCUGCAUUACGAGCACGACUUCUUUACGGAUUUAGAACGAACAGAAUGGGAGCGUAACAUCAAAACGCCAGAAUUUAUGGCCGUUCGAAAACGGUGUUCCGGCAUUCCAGUUCCCACCUUCAAUGCUAGCCAACGGGCCUGGCGAGCUUAUCAUCGCGGGUGUGGUGCUAUCAAAGCUUGUAACACGUACGGCAAAAAACGACUAGAUCAGGCUUUCUCGACCUAUCAAAACUAUUGCGCAGAACAGGACCGCGCUUCGCGAUCGGACUUUUUUCUAGCAAAUUGA